AUUACUUCUGGGUGAUUUUUCCCUCGCAACUAUGAAUGUGAAUCUGCUGAAACACUAUCUACAAUGGCAACAUUCGAGAAUACUCAUAGUUUUUCAUUGUCUCGAGCAAAAUGAAGAUGUUGUUCCCUUAUCUAAGCAAAUCACUACUUCAUUCAACGGUCAAACACACUAUGUGUCUAUUUCGAGCUUUAUACACAACACAUGGGAUCACCACCAUAUCAUGCGAUAUCGAUAUCACACGUUGGCGCUAACGAUCGACAUGGAUUGUGCCAAGACGGAGAAGGUUUUUGAGUGCGCUUCAAACGGUGCAUAUUUCAACGCCUCAUACCAUUGGCUUCUAUUUGGGAAUGACUCGCUGAGUUCUGCUACCUGUUUACUGGAUGAGCAAAAUUUAAAUGUGGAUGCUAAAGUGACUUUGGCUGUUCCCAGAGAGAACAUGACGGACUCCGUGUAUGACAUUUAUGACGUUUAUAGUACGAUGAGAAAACGUGGUGCGCCACUGAAUGUUACGCUACUGGGAAACUGGAGUGACUCUGUCGGGUUCGACUUCAUCGUUUCUCAAUCCGAGUACGAACGACGGCUCGACUUUGGUGGGAUAUGGCUGACAGCGGCGGUUACGCCAUUGAAUCAAGUCCACAACACGACUUUGUUGGGACAUCUCACCAGUAAUGACCCUGUGCAUACGUAUGCGCUCCAUAGGUUCGGCUAUCGAAUGUGGGAGAUUGUGAAGAUGAAACACAAUUUCACAUUUAAAAUGGUGCGGUGUUCAACUUGGGGAUUAUCCAAAACUGACGGAAAAUCUAACAUUGGAAUAAUAGGUCAGUUAGCAACAAAACAAGUCGAUUUAGCGAUCAACACAUUAACCUAUACUAAAGAAAGAGUACCAAUCCUCGAUUAUACUGUAACAGUUGGUAUUGCCAGGAUGCUCUUUGUUUUUCGACAUCCACGGAAGUCCCACGCUAGAAACAUCCUCCUACAACCAUUUCGUAAAGAGCUGUGGUUGGGUAUGUUUGCGAUCGGUUUGUUUGCUGCCGGAAUUUUAUUUGUCAACUUUUGGGCGGAAAGCUGCAAGAAUUCUCUAGACGAGGAAGUUCGUGAUAAUCGCAAACAAACAAUGCUUAUCAUUAUCGGAAUCCUUUGUCAGCAGGGGUUUGCCAGUAAAACGAUAUUCAGUUCUACGAGGAUAACACUCUUCAGUAUGCUGCUAUUUUCGAUUUUGGUGUACCAAUUCUAUUCUACGUACAUUGUUGGAUAUCUUCUAAUAAUUCCCCCCAAAACUAUGACCACAUUGAAGCACUUACUGGACAGCAACCUUAAAGUGAUCAUUGAGGACCUGGAAUACAACAAAGAUUACCUCAACAAAACCAUGGAUCCAGUCGCUAUUGAAUUAUACAACCGGAAAAUUCUUAACAAUGAAAAUGUCUACGUAAAUGUAAAGGAAGGGAUCGGGCUUGUGCAAAGAGGGGGAUAUGCCUUCCAGUGUGACACCGCUUACGCCUACCCUCUAACCAAGAGUACAUUCACCGAUGAUCAGAUUUGUGAUCUACAGGAGGUUUUUCUGAAUCCGCUUAGACCGAUGUUCCUACCUCUGCCUAAAGGAAGUCCCUUCAAGGAAAUGUUUCGAGUAACCCUACGCAGGAGCGUGGAAACCUCGAUUGCACACUACUGGCAGAAGCACUUCUUCAGCGAUAAGCCUAAAUGCGCCCGCAAUGAUCUGGAAACAACAGUUGUGGAUUUGGACCAUGUUUCGACGUUGUUUUUUGGAUUUUUAUACAGCAUUGUUGGCAGUAUCUGCAUUCUAGGGGUUGAACUGAUGCAUCGCAGAAUGUUAGUCCGUCGCCAGUGCCAGCCAGCAAAAUUUCCAAUAACUACUGAAUAGUCUUUAUGUUUUCCAUGACGUUUGAUUUUCCGAAAUUG